AUAGUUUGUGAUGUACUGAAAAAAUUAUUAACUUGUGUUACUGUCGCGAUAAUUUAUAACGAGUCUAGUCUAGUCUCUCUGAGAACUAAGAACGAUUUUAUACAAACGUGUGUUACGGAAUUUGUGAAACGUUAAUUUUUCACUCGCUGUAUUUUUCGAAAGUCAAAUUUCCGCCAGUGGUUGUCGUUUCAUUGUCAUUUUGUUUACCAUCACGGAACAUGGCUAACACGAUCGAAAUACCCCUGAAAGAUAUGGAUGAGAUUAUUGAAAUACAUACAAGUCGAUUGCCAAACUUUUACGAGCUUCUUGAUAUUUUAAAAAUCGAACGUUCAGAUUUACAUAUAUGGGUCAAUUUAGCAUUGGAAUAUUAUAAAAAAAACAAUUCAGUUGCUUUUGUUAAGUUGUUGGAAACAUCACGCAUUCAUUCAAGUUUAGAAUAUAAAGACAGUGUUAAAGAUCAAAUGAGAGUUUUAGAUAUGUUAGCAGCAUAUUAUGUACAAAUGGCUAAUCGAGAAAAGAAUAAAGAUAAACGUAUCGAACUCAUUAAUAAAGCAACUCAACUAUAUACAAUAGGAGAUAAAAUAAUGAUGUAUGAUGUGGAUCAUUUAUUGGGUCGCGCUUUUCUCUGUUUAGUGAAUGGUAAUAGAAAUGACCAGGCUGACACACAAUUCAAUUUUAUAUUGAAUCAGUCAAAGAAUAACAUACCAGCUCAACUAGGCAAAGCAUGUAUUGCGUUUUAUAAGAAGGAUUACAGAGGAUCCCUAGCGUAUUUUAAAGAAGUUUUGCGAUCCAACCCUAAUUGUCCUGCUGAUGUAAGAUUAGGUUUGGCAUAUUGUUUCUUGAAACUGGGAAAUAUAGAAAAAGCAUGUUUAUCAUUUGAACGUACUUUAAAGUUGGAUCCUAAAUGUGUUGGUGCACUAGUUGGUCUUGCUAUCAUGAAGUUGAAUAAUGAAUGUUUUAGUGACAUAAAAUUUGGUAUUAGUUUGCUGUCUGAAGCUUAUAAAAUUAAUCCAAUACAUCCAUUGGUGUUAAAUCAUUUAUCUAAUCAUUUUUUCUUUAAAAAACAAUAUGAUAAAUCUCAAACACUUGCUAUUCAUGCAUUACAACACACAGAAAAUGACAAUAUAAAAGCUGAGAGUUGUUUUCAUGUAGCUAGAUCAUAUCACGCAGAGAAUGAUUUUGAACGAGCAUUUCAAUACUAUUAUCAAGCCACAAAGCUUGCACCUAUAAAAUUUGUACUUCCAUAUUAUGGUCUUGGUCAAAUGUAUAUUCAUGGAGGCGAUAUAAAAAAUGCUACUAAGUGUUUUGAAAGAGUUCUUAAAACUGAACCGGAAAAUUAUGAAACUAUGAAAAUCCUUGGGUCAAUAUAUGCUGAUUCAAAAUAUCAACAGGAAAGAGAUAUUGCAAAAAAAUAUUUAAAAAAGGUUACUGAAUACAAUCCAGAUGACUUGGAGGCUUGUGUUGAACUUGCUAAGAUAUUAGAACAAUCUGAUCUAAAAGAAUCUUUGACUGCGUAUAAUACAGCUAUAAAUUUACUGCGUAGAAAUCCGAAUAAUACAAUUCCACCUGAAAUACUUAAUAAUGUUGCAGCUUUAAAUUAUAGAUUAGGAAAUUUGGAUGAAUCUCUUUCUCAACUAGAAGAAUCUUUAAGUCUGUUAAAAAAAAUGACCAUAACUGACCAGGAGCGUUAUAAUUCUAUAGCUGUUACAACUAGUUAUAAUUUGGCAAGGGUUUUGGAAGCACAAUUUCAAUUUCAGAAAGCUGAAAUACAUUAUAAAAACAUAUUGAAAGAGCAUCCUAAUUACAUUGAUUGUUAUUUACGUUUGGGAUGUAUGGCUCGAGAUCGUAACCAAAUUUAUGAAGCUUCUGAUUGGUUUAAAGAAGCAUUGCAUAUUGAUAAUGAUAAUUCCAAUGCCUGGUCAUUACUUGGAAAUUUACAUUUUUAUAAAAACGAAUGGGGUCCUGGUCAAAAAAAAUUUGAACGUAUUUUAAAUAACUCGUCAACAUUAAAUGAUUCAUAUGCAUUGAUUGCUUUGGGAAAUAUUUGGUUGAAAAUGCUUCAAAACCCAAAUGCAAAUAAGAACUUACAAAAGAAACAUCAGGAUUUGGCUAUGCAUUAUUAUACCAAAGUAUUGAGAUACGAUUCAAAAAAUAUUUGGGCUGCAAAUGGAAUAGGUUGUGUUUUAGCUUAUCAAAAUUGUAUUAAUGAGGCUAGAGAAAUAUUUUCUCAAGUAAGAGAAGCUACCGCCAACUUUCCUGAUGUCUGGUUGAAUAUUGCACAUAUAUUUAUUGAACAAAAACAAUAUAUGAGUGGUAUUCAAAUGUAUAAACAUUGUAUAAAAAAAUUUUAUAAAUAUGAUAAUGUUGAUGUUCUGCAAUACCUUGGACAUGCAUAUUACAGUGCUGGAAAAUUUAAAGAAGCAAAAGCUGUAUUUUUAAAAGCUCGUAGAGUUGCUCCUCAAGAUAUUGUCAUAGUUUACAAUGUUGCUUUGACUCUACAAAAACUAGCAGAUCAAAUACUGAAGGAUGAAAAAUCUAACUUGAAAAUUAUACUUCAAGCUAAACGUGAACUUGGAUUAUCACAAACGUACUUUGAAUACUUGUCUAUUCAUGGCAAUCAUGUGCAAUAUGACAUCAAAAUGGCCCGCAUUGAAGCUAAUUGUUGUCAAGAUUUAAUGAAUCAAGCUGAUUACCAAGUGAAACGAGCAUAUCAGAAGGAUAUGGAAGAACGUGAAAUCCGUCAAAAACAAGAAAAAGAGCGAGAACUACUUAGAAUCAAACAAAAUGAAGAUAAGGCAAAUGAGUUGUUACUCAAAGAAGAAUUAAAGAAAGAAAAAUUGAAAAAACGCCAAGAAUAUAUAGAAAAAACAAAAUAUACGUUUAUUAGAGCUUCGAAAAAUCAUAAAAUUAAAAGAAAACCCCGUGCGAAAAAAGGUUCAAAUCAUGAGCAGGAGGAAAAUAAAUGUCCUAAAAAAUCAAAAAAAAGUCAAGCUGAUAAUAGUGCAAAGAAGAAGAAAACGGAUUCAAAAUGUAGAAAGAAUAUUAGUACUUCAGCCAAAUCUACUUCUAAUAAUGCACAAUCAUCCAAGAGAAAAAAUUCGUCGAACAGUUAUAAAAAAGUCUCCAUGACAUCUAAACAGAAACUUAGAAUUGUUUCUAAAGAAAUCAUAUCAACUAGUGAGGAUAACAGCAGUGAUGAUGAAGUAAAAAAAAUAAUUAUCAAGACACUUUAAAUGUGAGUCCAUCUUCAUCAUGCAGGUCUAGAUCAAUAUUGGUGACUAUGUAUUUUUCAAUAUUUUAUGAUUGAUAAAUAUAGCAUUAUGACCAUGUAAAAACUAAAGAAACACAUUGUAAAAUUAAUACAUUCAUCUCAGAAUUUAAAAUAUA